AUGAAAUGGUUUAUGUGUCUGAUAGCUGUCGGUCUUUACCUGUGUUUGCAAAGCCAUGUAAAUGCUGGAUCACGUUUCAGCAGAAGUGUCAUUGAAAAAGCUGUGACUGAAGCAAAGGCCACUGUGGACUCAGCUUAUGAGUACUCCAGAAAAGAGAGCAUUGAUCGGGUCAGGAGGAAUGCAGCGAGUCCCUCAGACGUCCUGCGGCUGUUGAAACAACCCGCUGGACCAACCCGCACUGCUGUCCGUGCUGCAGACUAUAUGGAUGUUGCUGUGAAGCUGAUCAAGAGGUCUCUGGACAGACGUCCAAAACGCUCCAUCAAUGCCACAGAUUUGAUCUCUGAGGAGGAUCUGCACUUCAUCGCUGAUCUGACCGGCUGCUCUCCCCGACACCGGGUCCCUUCUUGCAAGACAACUCCAAAUUUAGACAAGUUUCGCACUGCAAGCAGCACCUGCAAUAACAGAGAAAACACUCGCUGGGGAUCCUCCAACAUACCUUUCACCCGCUGGCUCCCUGCUGAGUAUGAGGAUGGCACCUCUCUGCCUAAAGGCUGGACCCCUAAUCUGAGAGUCAACAAACAUUUGCUUCCAUUGGUAAGGGAAGUGUCCAACCGAAUUCUGCGCACAGCUAACUCUGAUGUGGAGAGCGACCCUCUCUACACUCACCUGGUGACAAUCUUUGGCCAAUGGACUGACCACGACCUGACCUUCACUCCUCACUCUCCUGUCAUCCGCUCAUUCAAUAAUGGUGUUGACUGCGACAAGAGCUGUGAACGCACAGAGCCCUGCUUCCCCAUUGAGAUUCCCAAGAAAGACCCCCGUUUUGGCAAAAAGUCAGAGGAGUGCAUACCCUUCUUCCGCUCAUCAGCAGGUUGUGGAUCAGGCAACACUGGCCACAUCUUUGGUGCGAGCACUGUCCGUCAGCAGAUGAACUCUCUCACAGCUUUCAUCGAUGUGGGCCAGGUGUACGGUUCAGAUGAUACCAAAGCUCGCUUCCUCCGCAACCUCACCACGGAUGAGGGUCUAUUGAGAGUCAACACAGAGUACACUGACAAUGGCCGUGAGCUCCUGCCCUUCACCAACAUGGGUGCCAACAUGUGUGCCUCACGAGCCCGCAUUACUAAUGACGAUGUAGAGGAGGUGCCCUGCUUUCUGGCUGGUGAUGAGCGCAGCAACGAGAACAUUGGUCUGACCUCUCUACACACACUGUUGAUGCGUGAGCACAACCGUCUGGCUCGUGCCCUGGCCGAACUCAAUCCUCACUGGGGCGGAGAGAGACUCUACCAGGAGGCCCGCAAGAUCAUGGGAGGAUACUUCCAGGUUCUUACCUUCAGAGACUACCUGCUCCACAUUGUUGGUCCAGACUUCAUCGCCAGGCAGCUGUCCACCUAUCCUGGUUAUGAUGAAAAUGUGGACCCCAGCAUCUCCAAUGUGUUUGCCACAGCUGCCUACCGAUUUGCUCACCUGAUGGUUCAGCCUUUCAUGUUUCGUCUUGAUGAGAAAUAUCAAGAGCACCCUGAAUACCCCAGCAAGCUGCUUCACAGAGCCUUCUUCACACCAUGGAGGAUCGUCUUUGAAGGUGGAGUGGACCCAAUCCUGAGGGGGCUGGUGGGUCGCCAGGCCAAGCUGAACACACAGGAUCACAUGAUGACAGAUGAGCUGAGGGACAGGCUGUUUAAAUUCUCCACUGAGUUGGCUCUGGAUCUGGGUGCACUCAACAUGCAGAGAGGAAGAGACCAUGGACUCCCUGGUUACAACCAAUGGCGCAAGUUCUGUGGACUGUCCCAACCACGAAAUCAGAAGCAACUGGCAAAAGUUCUGAAAAAUAAGAAACUGGCCAGGAGCCUAUUUAAACUCUAUCGCAAAGCUGACAACAUCGAUGUGUGGCUGGGAGGAGUGGCUGAGCCGUUUGUCCGUGGAGGAAGAGUGGGACCCCUGUUUGGCUGCCUGAUUGCCACUCAGUUCCAGAGGAUUCGCCAGGGAGACAGAUAUUGGUGGGAGAACGAGGGAGUCUUCACUGAGGCUCAGAGGGAGUCCCUGAGGGAAACAUCACUUGCCCGCAUCAUCUGUGACAACACUGGUAUCACUGAAGUACCAGCUAAGCCCUUCCAGUACAAGCUCAGAGUGUCCGGUUACACUAAAUGUACGAGCAUCCCUGCCUUUGACCUCAGUCCGUGGAGGGAGAAUAUGACAGUCUGACAGUCUGACUAAAGG